AUGCGAUUGAGGCAUAUUAAGACGUUGAUCGCACCCCAGCAAACAUCUGCGAAAAUUUCCGCAAUAGUUUGGUCUCCAAAUAAUAAAAGAAUGGCUGUUGCCACAAGUGAUCGAAUUAUUGUUCUAUUUGAUGAAGAUGGUGAACGAAAAGAACGGUUUUUAACUAAACCUGCUGAUCCAAAAUCAAAGAAGGCCUACGUGAUCACAGGCCUCGCAUUUUCUGGUGACUCAACUAAGCUUUCGAUUGCUCAGUCUGACAAUAUUGUGUUCAUAUACAAACUUGGUGACAGUUGGGACGACAAAAAAUCUAUUUGUAACAAGUUUUUGCAACGGAGCCCAGUGACGUCUAUAAUUUGGCCUUCUGACCAACACCUAAUAAUGGGACUCAUGGAUGGAAAAGUUCGUCUUGGAAACACGAAAGUUAACAAGUCGUCAACAAUCUUUACUUCGGGCUCCUACGUAGUUUCUUUGGCAGCAGCAAAUGAUGGAAAAGGAUUUAUUUCUGGUCAUGCUGAUGGGCGAAUCGUCAGAUUCACCUUUAAUAAUGACGGCACUUGUGUCGCCCAGUGUAAAGUUGUGACACACCAUGUCCCACCUUUCGCGUUAGCUUGGGCUGGAAACUCGGUUUUUGCUUCUGGAUAUGAUAGACGAGUUAUAAUUUACGCCCGUGAUGGCAAGAUACAGCAACAAUUCGAUUAUUCAAAGGAUGAAACCGAAAAGGAUUUUACCGUGGCGAUUUCGGGUCCCAGCGGGCAAGUUGUUGCCAUUGGAAGCUACAACAGAAUACGAGUAUUCAGCUUGAAUCUUCAAAAAAACGCCUGGGAAGAGGGCCCUUUAAAAAGCCUCAAGAACUAUUACACAAUAACAGCCAUGUGCUGGAAGGCUGAUGGGUCGAAGCUAACAGUAGGAACAAUUUGUGGUGGUGUGGAUCAAUUUGACUGCUGCAUGAAGCGCAAAGUUGUAAAAAACUUUGAAUUUAACUUUGUUGGUCCAAGUCAAGUAAUAGUAUCAAAUAAGGACACACUUGAAAAAACUGUAAUAAUGUCAAAAUAUGGAUACGAGAUUGACGACGUGAAAGUGAUGGGCGGGAAUAACUACCUCGUGGCACAAACAUCCGACACGUUGAUUCUGGCCAGUAUGCUGACAAAAAAGUUCAGUGAAGUAUACUGGAGAAACAAAGGAGCUAAAAAUAAAUUAAUCUUUUCAAAUGGAAACUUCUGUGUUAUUUUUGGUGCUGGUGAGCUUUUUGUUAUUGAAUAUGGAUUGUCUGAAAUACUUGGAUCUGUGCGUACCGAGCUCACAAACCCAUUCCUCUUUAGUGUUCGGAUAAAUGAAAGGAGUAGAAAAAAUUCAUUCGCCUGUAAGAAAAUUGCGUAUAUGUUAGACCCGAAGACAGUAAACAUAUUGGAUCUGGUAACAGGUGAUACGGUUGGCCAUUACGCACAUGACGUUAUUGUAGACUGGUUAGAGCUAAGUGAGAACGCAGUCCACUUGUUACUUCGGGACAGAAAGCAUCAAUUGGUUUUAGUCAACACUGAAACCUUUAAGUCAUUCACUCUGUUACCUUUCUGCUCCUUCGUUCAAUGGAUUCCGCAAAGCGAUGCUGUUGUGGCGCAGUCGAAUGACAAUAUUUGCAUCUGGUACAACAUAGAGGCUAUAGACCGGAUGACUACUUUACCACUUCAAGGCGGUGACAUAAUGGGCAUUGACCGCACUGGAGGCAAAACGGAAGUUGUUGUGUCCAAAGGCAUGAAAACCACUAGGCAUCUUCUUGAUAAUGGCCUUAUUGAAUUUGGAACCGCGAUGGAGGAUGAUGACUUCGAGAGAGCUGUCGCAUUUCUUGAUUCGUUGGAGAUGGUUGAGGAAACUGAAUGCAUGUGGAAAAAGCUGGCCGACAAAGCAUUAAAAGCAUGCAGUCUUCUGAUAGCCGAACGAUGCUUUGCUGCCCUGGGUUUCCUGAGCAAGGUUCAGUACCUUCGAGUCACGAGAGAAAUAGCGGAGAUGGAGGGCGAUAUUAAUCAUUACAGGGUACAAGCUCGGUUACUAGUUCUCAGUGGUAAUCUCAAACUUGCAGAGACGUUAUUCCUUGAACACAACGCCAUAGACGAAGCAAUCAAUAUGUAUACUGAACUGCGAAAGUACCAGGAGGCACUUGAGAUUGCUGAGGCAAAACAUUGGUCAAAGUUAGAUAGUCUUCGGGAAGACUAUCAUAAAUGGUUAGCUGAAACUGGUCAAAUAGAAUUGUUAGGUGACUUGAGAGCUAGAGAAGGCGACACAUUGGCUGCCGUUACGUUAUACCUCCGAGCUUGCGUUCCAGGAAAGGCAGCCAUACUCGCAUUGUCCGAUGCUUCUCUUUCUGAGGACCGAGAAAUUUUGGAACAAAUUUCUCAGGCCCUGGUUCGUGCAGGUAGGCACGAAAAAGCGGGUGACCUUUACUUCCGACUAAAGCAAUAUGAGUCUGCGAUGCGCUGUUACCGUGAAGGAGGAGCAUUUCAAAGAGCUUUGGAUUUAGCUAGAGAACACUUCCCUACUGAAGUCAUUCGUCUGGAGGAGGAGUGGGGGAACCAUCUUGCCAGUCAGCGACAACUUGAUGCAGCAGUGCACCAUUUCGUCGAAGCUGGGUCCUACAUCAAGGCGCUAGACGCAGCCGUCAAGGCAAAUCAAUGGACCAAAGCUGCAGAAAUCCUUGAAGGCAUUGAGGACACUAGGGCUGAGAACGUUGCGCCCUACCAGUUGGAGCUGGCCCAUCACUAUGCACAAAAGAAGGAGUUUUUGUUGGCCGAAAAGGCCUACCUCAAGGCGAAGGCACCAAAGUCAGCCAUUGAAAUGUACACCAAUGCAGGCAUGUGGGAGCAAGCACACGCACUUGCGUCAAGGAAUAUGGACCAGGAUGAUUUAGCAGUAAUGUAUAUUCAACAGGCGGAGAAUCUGGAGGAAGGGGGUAGGCUUAAGGAGGCAGAGAGACUUUACCUUACGGUGAAUCGAGUCGACCGUGCAAUGGCAAUGUACAAGAACCAUCGUCAGUAUCGCGAUGUGACCCGCCUGGUACGAGCCCACAACCCGGAUUUACUCGCGCAGAUGCAGGUCAGAAUCGCCCAAGAAUUAGAGUGUGAGGGCAAUUUGCGACAGGCUGAGCAAUAUUACAUGGAGGCUGGAGAGUGGAAGUCUGCGGUAAACAUGUAUCGCACGCGGGACCUCUGGGAGGAGGCAUUUCGAGUUGCUGGUGAAUGUAAAGAGCAGCCAGAAUUGAGGAAACAGGUCGCAUUCCUGUGGGCCAAGCAUCUGGGCAGUGACUCGGCUGUGCGGUUGCUCAACCGCCUGGGACUACUGGACACUGCGAUCGACUAUGCAACGGAACAUUGUGUAUUUGAUUUUGCCUUCGACCUUGUACGUAAUUGUUCGGCAGAAAAGAUCGCUGAAGUGCAUAAUAAGUACGCCAUGUUCCUCGAGGAUGAGGGGAAGCUAGCGGAGGCAGAGGAGGAGUUUAUUAAGUCCGGCAAACCCCGUGAGGCAGUAUUGAUGUAUGUGCACAACCAGGACUGGGUGUCAGCAGCCCGUGUCGCCAACGACCAUGAUCCAGAGAGCGUCAACGAUGUCCUUUUGGGUCAGGCUCGCAUAGCCUUUGGAGAACAGGAUUUUGCUCAGGCAGAAGCCCUUCUACUACGAGCCCAACGCCCCGACAUGGCAGUGCGAGCCUAUCGCGAAACCGGACACUGGGAAGACGCCAUUCGCGUUGCUCAGGCUUACCUACCUUCCAAGCUGCAAGAGCUAAUAGAGGAGUACGAAGAAGAAAAAAUGCACCUGAGUUCCACUGGUGCACGUCGGCGAACUGGAGGUCCGACAAAUUCAGUCACCUCAAUGAGUGGUGAGUGUUCUUCUCCUCCCGACAACUCCAUGAACCCGCUUAUAUCUAUGGCGCGUCAAAUGGAAACAAGUGGAGACUACCUAGGAGCUGUUGAGCAGUACCUUAAAAUCAUGCCCGACCUCCUCAGUGAGGGAGAAUCCGCAUUAACGCAUCCCGUUGAGGCUUGCGAGCAUAUCUGGGUUCAUGCAGCUAAUCUCGCUAUGAAAUUCCUAGCACCGGAGAGUUCAGCCAAAGUCACCGAACUGGUAGCGUCGAGAUUGGUCCGACUACAGCGAUUUAACACGGCUGGUGAGUUGCUGCUUGGCAUUGACAGAAUUGAAGAAGCAAUAAACGUCUUUAUUGAUGGCAAAGAAUGGGAAAAGGCACGUAAAAUUGCAAGAGAUCUCGAACCGCGACUGGAGAACCACAUCGAAUGUAAAUACAAGGAGUCUCUUAAGAAUAGCGGGGAGGCUGAAGAACUUGCCGGAGUCGAUGUCCUCUCUGCAAUUGAGAUGUACGCCGAGCAAGGGCGGUGGGAGAAAUGCAUCGCAACAUCGGAACGGCUGUACCAGGAAACAGGCUUAGAGCGUGACCACCAGCUGCUUCACAAAUAUCUCGCCGCAUUCGCUGCCAAUUUGAUCAAAGAUAACCGUACAUUCGAUGCACUCAUGCUUUACAAGCGGUACGGUGCUCCACCAUAUGCUCAGAACUUUAACAUUUACAAGAGGAUCUUCCAGGAACUAACUGCACAGAGAACUCUGACUUCUGCUGAUGGUUAUCCAACGUUGGCAGCGCUAAGGGACACACUGUUUGAUCUCUACCAGCGGGUCACCACUUCGUCCACUUCCGUAAAGCUCCAGCCGGCCGUGGUGGUGAUUUUCGAACGAAUGUUCUUGGUUGCGCAUUAUUAUGCAACACGCUCCGCCUUAAUUUCAGCUCAACUUUUUGAUCUGGCAACAAAGGUCAGUAUUUCCCUACUACGAGACUCGGACAUUAUUCCAGCCGAUAAGGCUUUCUUUGAAGCCGGAAUGCAGUGCCGCAAAAUUGGUUGGGACAAUAUGGCAUUCGUCUUUUUGAAUCGUUUUCUUGACCUCAUGGAGGUUAUGGAGGACCAAGAUGGAACCUCUGAUGCCCUGGACAGCACUGACUUUCAGGAUACAGAUAUUCCACUGGAAGUGCCGAUUCCAGAGGAGCCUUACGCUACCAAAUCCGAGCAUGAGUCUGUCCGCGAGUGGAUUCUUACUAUCUCGAUGGACCAGAAGCUGGAACAGUCGCUCCCCAAGGAUGAGAGGGGAGUCUACGAGGCCUGUCUGCGUUCCCCCGCAACAGGGGUUUCCGCCCUGCCCUGUGUAGUGACCGGCUAUCCAGUACUGCGUGAUGGUAUAUAUUUUUCUGCUGACAAGGGGAAACAUUCGGCUAAUCUGGAAGACUGGAAGCGCCUAAAUUAUGCUGCCACUGUAAAUCGGAAUCCAGAGUGUACCGAUGUCUGUGAAUUUGUUCGCAAGUGGUGCGGAAACGUAGUCUAG